AGCCCUUUUAGUGUCCCAAGCUUUCACAUGAGGAGGUCAACCCAUCUCCUUCUUCCUCUCCCCUUUCUUCUCUUUCAACUCCUCGUAUCUUCUUCUCUGGGCAUCGGGCCUCAAAAGGCCUUCGCUCAAGCCGGCGGUACUCUCGCAGAAUCCACCGUGCCAUUUGAUGUGGGCGUGAUCCUGGACACAAGGUCAUGGAUCGGGAACAUAAGCUGGACUUGUAUGUCCUUGGCCGUCGAGGAUUUCUAUGCGGCUCGUCCCAACUACACCACGAGACUCAGGAUCCACUUGAGGGACACGGAUGAAGAUGCCUUUAGUGCGGCAUCCGCCGCUAUCGAUCUUCUGAAGAAUGUUCAAGUGCAAGCAAUUAUCGGGCCACAAACAUCAACCCAGGCUAAGUUUGUAAUAGAACUUGGAGACAAAACUCAGGUCCCAAUCAUUUCUUUCUCAGCAAAGAGCCCAUCUCUUUCUUCCCAAAAUUCAUACUUUAUUCACACUGCAUGGAGUGACUCCUCUCAAGCAAAAGUUAUUGCUUCUAUUGUUCAAGCCUUCAAAUGGAGGGAAGUUGUUCCUAUCUUUGAAGAUAGUGACUAUGGUAGUGGAAUUGUACCUUAUCUGGUCGAUGCCUUCCAAGAAAUUGGUGCCCGUGUCCCAUAUAGGAGCAAAAUCCCUGUUUCAGCUACUAAGAAUAAAAUUUUAAAUGAGCUCUACAAGUUGAAAAACAAACAGACAAGGGUCUUUGUUGUGCACAUGACAUAUUCUUUAGGCCUUCAGCUAUUUUCAAGUGCAAACAAAGCUGGAAUGAUGAAAGAAGGGUAUGUCUGGAUCACAACGUAUGGCUUAACAGAUCUUGUGGAUCUAAAUGGUUCAUCAGCCAUCAGUGUAAUGAAAGGUGUCUUGGGUGUAAAGCCUUAUAUUAGAGAAACCAACAAGCUCCGUGAUUUCAAGGUGAGGUGGAGAAAGAAAUAUUAUCAGGAAGAUCCAAAUGCUGAAGUACGUGAGCCCACCACUUUUGGUUUAUGGGCUUAUGACACGGUGUGGUCACUUGCUGCAGCAGCAGAGGGUCUCAAAAGUACAAACUAUACAUCUCAAGAGUUUGAUGUCUAUAACAGCUCAACUGACUUGGCAACACUUGGAUUAUCUCUUACUGGCCCAAAUCUGCGCAGUCAGAUAAUAAACAGCUAUUUUGAUGGCAUGAGUGGGAAAUUUCAUUUCAUUGAUGGCCAGUUAGAGUCCGGUGCCUUUGAGAUAAUUAAUGUGGUACGACAUGGUAAGAGAAGGGUUGGGUUUUGGACUCCAGCAUACAACCUUUCUCGGCAUAUGGACAUGAAGGCUGAUCUUAAAUUCAUUAUAUGGCCUGGUGACACUAAGACUGUACCUAAGGGAUGGGAGUGGCCAACAAGUGGGAAAAAGCUCAGAAUUGGGGUUCCAGUAAAACCUGGGUUUCCCCAAUUUGUUAAAGUCGAAAAGGAUAAUAAAAAUAAUAGCCGGAUUGGAAAAGCAUACUGCACAGAUGUGUUUGAUGCUGUAAUGGCUGCACUACCUUAUCAUGUCCCUUAUGAAUAUGUGCCCUAUGAAGAUGCCAAGGGAGAGAGCAAUGGGACGUAUGAUGAUCUUGUUUACCAGGUCUAUCUUAAGAACCUUGAUGCUGUGGUGGGUGAUGUGACAAUCAUAGCCAAUCGAUCUUUAUAUGUGGAUUUCACAUUGCCAUACACUGAAUCAGGGGUGUCCAUGCUCGGUACCUAUUAAGGACGAGCGCCAUAAAAGUGCAUGGACCUUCUUGGAACCAUUGACUACUGAUCUUUGGUUGGCGAGUGGUGCUUUCUUUGUCUUCACAGGGUUUGUGGUGUGGUUUCUUGAACACCGGAUCAACAAUGAGUUUUAGAGGUUCACCUGCACGUCAACUUGGUACUGUCUUCUAUUUCUCCUUUUCCACACUUGUCUUUGCACAUAGGGAGAAGGUGACAAGCAACUUGUCAAGGGUUGU